GCGGGGCAGAGGGCGGAAGCUCCCAAGUCAUAUGAUCGAUUCACGAUAGCUCGCCGUUCUCCACUCGCUCAUCGCAAAGAUGGCCAGCCAGACGCAGGGCAUCCAGCAGCUCCUGGCCGCUGAAAAGCGAGCCGCGGAGAAGGUCUCGGACGCCAGGAAACGCAAAGCACGUCGUCUGAAACAGGCUAAGGAGGAAGCCCAGGAUGAAAUUGAGAAAUAUCGGCAGGAACGGGAAAAGCAGUUUCGUGAAUUUGAAGCCAAGCAUAUGGGUUCAAAAGAAGAUGUAGCGGCACGCAUUGAGGCGGACACGCGAGUUAAGAUAGAAGAAAUGAAUCAGACCGUUGCUGUACACAAAAAUACGGUCAUGCUUAAGAUCUUGGAUUUGGUGUACAACAUCAAGCCGGAAUUGCACACCAAUUACCGCAUUGAGGUCUAAGCCACGAGAGAGUCGCAUCUAUAUAUAAUCGCUAUAAAUAUGAUACAUCUUACGCUAUAAAUGUACAUUGAAUAUUACUGUUCACUUAUAACAUAUCGUGAUACGUAUUUAUCGUUGUUACAUCGUACGACAUGUUAUAUUUUAACGGGGAAAACAAAAGGUAUACAAUGUAGCUGUGUAGGCAGUGAUACUCAAACUACUACUAGAGUUCUUUCUUUUCCCGCAGUUGCUACACGACAAUAAAUGUAAUCGUUUGUUAUUAUCUGCUGAGCUUUUACUGGCACGUCGGACAGUUUGAGAAUUGCUGUAACCUAGUUGCAUCGUAUAUAACGCGAAAAAAAAGAAGAAAAUAUAAUAUAAAUGUACCAAGCGGGAAUCACCGUCCGCCCGCUGUGCCAAGGCCUAGGCACAUCGAGACGACGGUGAUGCGCUUGUUAAGAUAACAGCUAAUGCGAUCUAAAGGUGGUGGUAACGAGUUGUAUGUAGUUAAAUGUAUACCAUUAGAUGUCAUUCCAUAAUUCUGUCGCAUCGAGGACGUGUAACAUAAUGAGGUUGUCUACAGCCUUUCGCGGUUCACGGACAAGCUCCCAGUCGACGGUGGACCACGCGACGAUGUAGCAACAUUUUUAAUUUUCCCUUCGCCGGGGUCAUUUUGAGAAGUUCAUUGAUCAUCAUAUAAAUCUCUAUGAAACGGGUAGCGCUUCGCUUCACAUGUAUAUUCUAUCUCUGUAAGCUGGUUGGUUGUCUGUACAGUAUUAGUGUUCAAAAUACAAAAAAGGAAGAAAAAACCCAUA